UACGUCGAAGCUGGCGGCCCCACCCGGUAGGCUCGACUCCUGCUGCAGCCUCAGGACAUUGAACGUCUGCCGGUCAGCGCGCUGAGAGCUGACCGCUGCCGGCGAGGGAGAGCAAGUCGCGUGCGGUACGUUGGGCGUCGCAGCUUGCGCUGGCCGCACGCAUGCGGGGUGCGUCCAAGGAUGCAAGCCGCGUAGCCGCACGAGAGCCGGAUGCUCGGAGCACGUCGGUGUGUCGGACCAUCAGAUUCUGCAGCUGACCCUGCGCAGCGAGAAGGAGCAUUCAGCUCACCGCCAGGCGGGGCGAGGAGGCAUGCGAUGGGAGCGCCCGAUCAUCCACGCCGGGUCCGUGGCGCUCUUGCGCGGUGACAGACGCCAUUUCCGCCGAUUGGGCUGCGAGCACGGAGCUUGGACGCCGCAGCUUGCCGAGGAGGGUGGGCUCAGCGCAGCAGCAGCAUGCCAUCAGCCAUCGCUGGUGCUGGUGCUGUAUCACCAUGGUCGCCGGCGCGAGCAGGAGAGCUCACCCGCCGUGGGGUCGGAGGCGUAUGCCGCGGCAUUACUCCACCGUGCGCAGCAGGCACAGCACAGCCUCGCAGGCAUGCACGCUCGCCUUUCGCCGCAAGGCCUCGGCGCGGCUUCCAGCGCUAGCGCCAGAGGGCUUCCACGCCCACGCCUCUUGAUUUGCGUUUGCCCGCCGACGGGUCCAGGCCCUGCCAGCUUAGCGCGCCGUGCACGUCACAGGUGCAGCGCUGCCGCCAGCCCCGCUGCACGCUGCGGUUGCUGAGCGGAGCCGCUCAAGGGCGCAAGGAUGGCAAUUCAAAAU